AGUCUGACUGAGCGGCGGUUGGGGGAAACAGUCAGCCUCGCUUUGGAGUUUGGACCGUCAACAGCCGGGUAUUGCAGCUCCUGUGCGGCUUCAGCAACACCCCGCUGGUUUCUCCGACUCUACCACCGCUCCCUGACCCGAAGUAAUGGACUAUUAAAGAGACUUUAACACAACAACAAAAAACAAGAAGCCGUCACCGAAAACUGACAAAGCGAGACCGACCGUCCUCACCUCCAGCACCGCCGCCAGAGACGCCGCCAUGGGCAAGCAGAACAGCAAACUCCGCCCCGACGUCAUGCAGGACCUGAUGGAGAACACCGACUUCACGGAGCACGAGAUCACGGAGUGGUACAAGGGCUUCCUGCGGGACUGCCCCAGCGGCGCCCUCACCAUGGAGGAGUUCAAGAAGAUCUACGCCAACUUCUUCCCGUACGGCGACGCCUCCAAGUUCGCCGAGCACGUCUUCCGCACGUUCGACGCCAACGCCGACGGCACCAUCGACUUCAGGGAGUUCAUCAUCGCCCUCAGCGUGACGUCCCGCGGCCGGCUGGACCAGAAGCUGAAGUGGGCGUUCAGCAUGUACGACCUGGACGGCAACGGCUACAUCAGCAAGGCCGAGAUGCUGGAGAUCGUAACGGCCAUUUACAAGAUGGUCUCGUCUGUGAUGAAGAUGCCCGAGGAUGAAUCCACGCCUGAGAAACGCACAGAUAAAAUCUUCAGGCAGAUGGACACAAAUCGAGAUGGUAAACUGUCCCUGGAGGAGUUUGUGGAGGGAGCAAAGAACGACCCCUCCAUUGUGCGACUGUUGCAGUGUGACCCCAGCAGUGCUGGGCAGUAAGGAAGCCGGACCGGCACUUUAGCACAUUUUCACAACCUCUCCCAUUUGACCCACCAGAGACUCUCUUAAAAACGUAACACCUUGACCUGUAGAGGAACAGGAACGCACACAGACACAUGCUGUACCGAAGCCUAAUGCAAUCAUCCACCCCCCCCCCACCCCCCCACCCCUCGAUGCACACGCCGUUCACGGGCUUCUGUCCGGUCAAAGGCACAGACACAACUUGAAGGACUGAAAUCCCAUCAAAGACUUGCUGAAAGGAGAGAAGCUCUCCCCGCGCAGUGGGCCGGGGUAACGCAGCCACGCCGAAGCAAAUCCAAGUUUUAAUCUUUAAUUUUUAUUUUAAAAAAGCAGGAUUCCCUACUUAAAAGAGAAUAAUGCUCGUUUUAUCCGUGUGACUGACGCGGGGGCCGAGUGACGACGCUUGAACCCCGAAGCGUGUCCGUCUGGGGACUACAGAGCGGUUAUUUAGACAAGACAAUCUGGGGAUUGUUGUGUAAAUGUUAAAAAAAUGUUUUAUAUGUACUGUAUUAUUGUUGAACGAAUGUUACGAAAGAACCAAAACUGACUCAGAAAUGAAGUUGAAUCGUCUCGACCACGGAUUGUACCCAUGUGGUCUUUGGAAAGUGACUCUCUACAUGCGCUUCAAACAUGCAUGGACUGAGCUGUGAUUGUAGACCUGCAACCUGCAAAAAGAA